AUGCCCCUCCAGGGCCGAUCAAGGGUCACGUUCCACAACAUCCCUUCAUCAUCUUGGAACCACCCCAGUUUGGUUGAUCUGUCACGGUCCAUGUAUCGACCUCGACCAGCCGCGGCCAACGGCGACGUCCGCGCGCCGUUGCAGCCCAGCAAGUCACUGAACACCCUCGACCGACUUGCGAAGCCCUUCAAGUGCCCCGGUUCGGCGACAUAUAGUCGAACAUCGGAGAAGCCAGCCCGUAAAAGGCGCAAGGUAAACUAUGCGGGCGCUGAUGGAGGCACGGAGGACGAUGGAGCGGAGAAGCCGUAUACGAAUGAGGACCGACUGGCUCUGGCAACUCGCGAUGUGAAUAAAUUCCCCGUGUUUAAACCGAAGGAUAAAGAUGCGGCCUUUAGGCAGAGAUUCUGCAUCCCAUUGAUUAACAAGACCACGGACGACUACAAUGCCGGUCGAGCCGCACCAACACUAGGCAUGCGCCAGGGUGCGACAUUUGUCGUCAAGCCGCUUCAUGACCCGAGUGGAGAAUUUGCGAUCGUCCUGUAUGAUCCGACUGUCGAUGAUGUGACUUCAUCGUCGCAGGUACAGGGUUCGGGGGCGGCUCCAGAGGAAGAUGGUCGACCGAAAUUGGAUGAACCGUUGAUGCACAAGAGUUUGGCAGAUAUUCUUGGAUUGAAGAAGAAGGUGGAAGACCGGCCUAAAGUCCCUGUUGUGAUCGACCCACGAUUGGCCAAGGUUCUGCGGCCACAUCAGAUCGAGGGAGUUAAGUUUCUUUACCGAUGUACUACGGGGCUGAUUGACGCGAACGCACACGGCUGCAUCAUGGCGGACGGCAUGGGUCUCGGCAAAACGCUUCAAUGUAUCUCGUUAAUGUGGACCUUGCUGAAACAAUCGCCUGAGGCUGGGAAAACAACUAUCCAGAAAUGUGUAAUUGCGUGUCCGUCCAGUCUGGUCGGGAACUGGGCCAAUGAACUGGUAAAAUGGUUAGGAAAGGAUGCCACGAUUCCAUUUGCAAUUGAUGGAAAGGCCUCUAAAACAGAGCUCAUAUCCCAGCUCAAGCAAUGGGCGAUUGCUUCAGGACGCAGCAUUGUCAGACCGGUGCUCAUCGUGUCCUACGAGACGCUGCGCAUGUAUGUGGAGACACUCAAGGAUACGCAGAUUGGAUUGCUUCUAUGCGACGAAGGCCACCGGCUUAAAAAUAAGGAAAGCUUGACAUGGACUGCUUUGAACAGCUUGAAUGUCAGUCGCCGAGUCAUUUUGUCUGGAACGCCAAUCCAAAACGAUCUCUCGGAGUAUUUUGCUCUGCUUAACUUUGCCAACCCGGAUCUGCUGGGGUCUCAGAACGAAUUCCGCAAGAAGUUCGAACUACCCAUUCUUCGGGGACGGGAUGCCGCAGGGACCGAAGAGGACCGGAAAAAGGGCGACGAACGUUUGCUUGAACUCUCUGGUAUUGUUAACAAGUUCAUUAUCCGCCGCACGAACGAGCUCCUAUCGAAAUACUUGCCGGUCAAAUACGAGCAUGUCGUGUUUUGCAAUAUGUCCAAGUUUCAGCUCGAUCUAUACAACCAUUUCAUCAAGAGUCCGGACAUCAAGAGCCUGCUGCGAGGCAAGGGCAGUCAGCCUCUGAAAGCCAUUGGCAUUCUGAAGAAGCUCUGCAAUCAUCCUGAUCUUCUCAACCUGACAACCGACCUUCCGGGAUGCGAGGACGCGUACCCAGAGGAUUACGCUCCUCCCGAGACUCGAGGUCGCGAUCGAGACAUCAAGAGUUGGUAUUCCGGAAAGAUGAUGGUGCUUGACCGCAUGCUAGCACGUAUCCGUCAAGAUACCAACGACAAGAUCGUGCUCAUCAGCAACUAUACACAAACCCUGGAUCUAUUCGAGAAACUCUGCCGGUCGCGCGCAUAUGGCUGCCUGCGACUCGAUGGCACCAUGAACAUCAAGAAACGGACGAAGCUGGUCGAUAAAUUCAACGACCCAGACGGCCCCGAGUUUGUCUUUCUUCUGAGCAGCAAGGCCGGUGGAUGUGGUCUGAAUCUUAUCGGCGCCAAUCGUCUGGUACUGUUCGAUCCCGACUGGAACCCGGCAGCCGACCAGCAAGCACUGGCCCGAGUUUGGCGGGACGGACAAAAGAAGGACUGCUUCGUCUAUCGAUUCAUCGCGACGGGCUCAAUCGAGGAGAAGAUCUUCCAGCGCCAGUCACACAAGCAAUCACUUUCAUCAUGUGUGGUUGACUCGGCAGAAGAUGUCGAGCGUCAUUUCUCUCUGGAAUCCCUGCGGGAGCUGUUUCAGUUCAAGCCCGAGACUUGCAGCGACACUCACGAUACCUUCAAGUGCAAGCGGUGCAAGCCGGACGGGACCCAGUUCAUCAAGGCCCCGGCCAUGCUGUACGGGGAUACUAGCUCUUGGAAUCAUUUUGUCAACGACGGCGAGAAGGGGCCACUGGGCAAGAUCCAGGAUCUGCUGCUGCGGCAGGAGGUGAGCGAGAGGGAUGUCUCGGCGGUAUUCCAGUAUAUCAGCCAUUAG